AUGCUGUGCAGAGUUGGUCAGAUACGCAGGUGUGCAGCCAGCCUGAGCCAGACUCUGAACCAGGUAGCUGCUUCAAGGCAGAAGCACACCCUCCCUGACCUGACCUACGACUAUGGUGCCCUGGAGCCCCACAUCAAUGCAGAGAUCAUGCAGCUGCACCACAGCAAGCACCACGCCACGUAUGUCAACAACCUCAACGUCACAGAGGAGAAAUAUCAGGAGGCACUGGCAAAGGGAGACGUGACGGCACAGGUUGCCCUCCAGCCUGCUCUGAAGUUUAAUGGAGGAGGCCACAUUAACCACACUAUCUUCUGGACAAACCUCUCUCCUAAUGGUGGAGGCGAGCCACAGGGGGAGCUGAUGGAGGCCAUUAAGCGGGACUUUGGCUCCUUCCAGAAAAUGAAGGAGAAGAUGUCUGCUGCUACAGUGGCCGUGCAGGGCUCGGGCUGGGGCUGGCUGGGCUACGAGAAGGAGAGUGGAAGACUUCGUAUCGCUGCUUGUGCUAAUCAGGAUCCCCUGCAGGGAUCUACAGGUCUCAUCCCCCUCCUUGGUAUUGAUGUAUGGGAGCAUGCUUACUACCUUCAGUACAAAAAUGUGCGGCCGGACUAUGUUAAGGCUAUCUGGAACGUCAUCAACUGGGAGAACGUGAGCGAGCGUCUCCAGAUCGCCAAAAAGUAG